CGAAGUAAAUCGCAGUUUUGAAGUAACCUACACUUUUACCCAAUCUAACAGCGUGGGAAAGAUGUUUGUUAACUUUUCCCACCACAACACUGAUACAAUGUUUGGUAUCACGUGUCCGAUGUCAUUUUCAUGAGACUGGCCUGUCUGUCACAUUUAAUAUUGCUAUGUCAACGCUUGCAUUUUAUAGCACAGCAGCCAACGCUCAACAUAGAGAUACCCACCGCCGAUUGAUUAAAUUAAAUUCGAAAUAUAUUUUAAUCUUUUAGAAUAUCGAGGUCUAAAAUGUCAAGGAAUUCAAAACCAAACAGUCAUUUGAGUAAGGCAAAUACUCGCAAAGUUGCACGCAACCCGAAAUGUGCAAGAUGUAGGAACCAUGGAUUCGUUGUGCAACUGAAGGGACACGCGGGGAAGUGCCCGUUUUCUCCCUGCGACUGUUGGAAAUGUUCGCUUAUCACAGAGAGAACAAAAAUAAUGGCGAUCCAGAGACGUAUGGGGAAAAAUCAAAAGGAUGAGUCCUUGUCAAGCGUCAGCAGUAGCCUCAAAGAAACGCAACCACAAGCCGGCUGCAGUGCGGAGAUCAUCGAUGUCAUUAAUGACCCCGCGAACGCAUCUGUCAACGACAGCGGACCUCCCCACGAUUCAACAGCUGGACACCGGCCCAGUGCUAUCCAAAGGACGGAAAGCGUGAUUAAGAUGCCACCGGCUCGGCGAAUCGAGGCAGACGGUAAGACGUACGCCGAGCUGGUUCCAGUGAAGUCCCUAAACGAAGGAACAACCAAAAGCAGCGAGUUGCGAGAGCAAAUGGCUCAACAAUCGGCUAUCCACGGAGGCGGCCUUGCUGGAACAGAAUUUAACCGGGAAGGCGCGCGGUAUGGCGUCCCUUCUCUGUGGAAUGCAAUGCAAGAAAACAGAACUACGCCGCACUUCCCUGGCGACUACAUUAUAGCAGCGGUUGCGCAGCGGGACGUGUACUCCAGCGAUUUAAUGACCCUGCCGUUUCCGAUUAAGUUCUACUCCCCCUACCCCAACAGCUACGGGUGCCCGGCUAUUUUCCUGAACAUGCCGCCACCCCCUGGACCUGGGCCCUAUAAUGAUCCCCAAAUAAGUUUUCCCAGUUUCCACCCCAGCACUGUGCCAUAUCCCCCAGACUCCGGACCUCUACAGGAGUACCAAGCCCCCUUCGUCAACCCUUUGUCAAUGUCAGCUCAUUCUCUGGGCCCACAGGAGGAGCUCACCCUCAGACACCCCCCUUACCCCACCCUCCACAAGCACAGAGGACAGGGGGGAGGUGACCAUGCGCACGGGAGCUGAAAGGUCCAGUGUGAUCUGCGCAGAAGACCUGUGAACCUCUCAGGAAACUGCGUACAGCCAAAGUCCAAAACCUAUGACCCGUAGCAUCCAUAUGUUUGCAGUGCAGCACUGUAAUAUACAAACAAAUCAAAAGAUAUGUUAUAUAUUGGACUUACAAAUUGAAGUGUAAGUCUAAAAUGACAAUGGAAACCUGUUUAUUGCUAUUCUCAUUUCACCAGGUUUCCUAUAAUGUUCUUGAACUCUUGAACUUCAGACUGAGAAAAUUACAGUCUACAUUCGCCAGACAUUUCCAUCAAGAAACUGCAAGUACAGAUGUCAAUGUCAAGCUGGCGGAAGAAAAACAGUUACAUUCUCACUCAUCAUUUAAAAUGAAAUUAAUGUUUACCCAAAUGUUUGGAGAGAUAAAAAAUUUUUUUGGUGUAAAUUUUAAAGAAAAUUACGAAUAGGAGAUUGUACUAUUGAAAUCAUUUUUUAAAUUCACUAUUUAAAUUGAAAGUAAUAGUGUUAAAAAAUAAACAUUCUUGUUCAUUCUCUGUUUUACGUAGUGGCUGUCUGGUUGUUCUCAGUAAUACCCCUCAACCAACCAACAGCUUCACUUUGACUUGGUAUUAUAACCUCUUGGCAACUCUGAAAUGGUAUCACGUGUAACGUUGCCAUAUGUUUUAUGUUGUCCAUAGUAUGUACCCUAUGAUGGAUCUGUUAAGUGCUGUUGGAGGUGGGGAAUGUAAACGUUUGGCCAUGUUGUCAAUGCAGUCCUCUAGUUAAAUGUUCAUGUUCAGAUGUGUCAUGUCUUCGUACAGUGCAGCAUCAGAGUAACUUGCAUGGUUCAGACUCUUAAGUUUCAAGCAGGACUGUUUAGCCUGUAGUGACAGAAUCCAGCUUCUGGAUUUCUCUGCAUUUGUCUGGGUUUGUUCACAAGGUAAAUCAAUAAAUCGAC